CCGAGAACCCUCCGUUGCCACAAAGAGGAAAUGAGAAGCAUUUUCUGCUCAAAACGUGUUUACUUAAUCGUAGCACACGCUGGUGUUGCUAAUCUAGUGGGUGAACCUGUCACCUAGUCGGGUCAUGAAGCACCUACAAAGGAAUCGUCGCGCUCAGCGCGCGCCGAGGACCCCACGGUUCAACCUUCAGCUACGGAGAUUCUCUUCUAUUGCCAUGACCAGGUCCGGCCAGUAUGUGGUGGCGGCCACUCAGGAUGAAACCCCGGCUAAGACCGCGGCUAAUGGGAAGUUGCUGGAGUCCAGCUCAUCCUCCGAGGAGACGAUGCAGCUGAAGAAGGAAAUCUCGCUGCUCAAUGGCGUCUGCUUGAUUGUGGGCAACAUGAUCGGCUCGGGCAUCUUCGUCUCGCCCAAGGGGGUCCUGGCCUACAGCGCGUCCUACGGACUGUCCCUCGUCAUCUGGGCCGUGGGGGGCCUUUUCUCCGUCUUCGGGGCCCUCUGCUACGCCGAGCUGGGCACCACCAUCAAAAAAUCGGGGGCCAGCUACGCCUAUAUCUUGGAAGCCUUCGGGCAUCUGCUGGCGUUCAUCCGCCUGUGGACCUCUCUGCUCAUCAUAGAGCCCACCAGCCAGGCCAUCAUCGCCAUCACUUUCGCCAACUACUUGGUCCAACCUUUUUUCCCAUCCUGCGAGGCGCCCUACCUGGCCGGCCGUCUCCUGGCUGCCGUCUGCAUCUGCUUCCUGACUUUCGUGAACUGUGCCUACGUGAAGUGGGGAACCCGGGUCCAGGACCUGUCCACCUACGCCAAGGUGCUAGCCCUCAUUGUUGUGAUCAUUGCAGGCAUCGUCCGCAUUGGACAAGGACAUUCCGAGAAUUUGGCCGACGCGUUCGAGGGAUCGGCCUGGGACGUGGGAAACAUCGCGCUGGCCCUCUACUCCGCGCUCUUCUCCUACUCGGGAUGGGACACCCUUAAUUUUGUCACGGAGGAAAUCAAGAACCCCGAAAGGUCAGCCUUGCAAACUAGCUGGAGGAAAAAAAACUGUGGGAUCCUUCCCGGCUUGUUGACAUCACUGGGCUCGGCGUGUUCCCGUCCCACGGUCCAGGAGGAUAGGGCAAAUGUUGCUUCCCCACCCCUUGUUUCCGUGGAAGGACCUUAGGAUUUUAUGCUGACC